AUGGCGUCCCAGGAUGGCCUACGCAGGGGCCGUGGAGGCACACGCCUGAGCCUCCACUUCCUGAUCUGGCUUCAGCUUCUUCAGCCCCUGCUCAGUGAGCCAUACCGACCCGAGGAGGAUUCCAGAGUGAACCUGGCAAGCCCAGAAGCCCGGAUGCCUCCUGUGCACCCGAAAUUCCCCAAAAUUCCAGAAACUUCUGUAGCUCCAGGGACUUCAGCGCCCGCAGGGCCUCCAGGAUCCUGGGUUACUUCAGCAUCUACAGUGGGAGAAGCCUUGGAAUCCGACGGGAUCUCUGACCUUGGAAGGCAGUUUUCUCAGGCCUGGUGGGGGUGGGGGGAAGGUAGUGGCUUCACUUCCAGUCCCCUCUCUUUACUGAGCCCACCAGCCUGUGGCCACCGUGUUUCAAGGAUAAUUGGAGGAUUGCCAGCGCUAAACAGGAAGUGGCCCUGGCAGGUGAGCCUCCAGACCGAAGACAAACACCUCUGCGGAGGCUCCCUCAUCGACAGGCGCUGGGUGCUCACUGCCGCCCACUGUGUCUUUAGUGAUUUGGAAUACAAGGUGAAGCUGGGAGACACUGACUUGAAUGCUGGUUCCGAAAACGCACUGGUGAUCCCUGUUGAAGACAUCAUUUUUCCUAGCAAUUUUGAUUUUGCCAGUUUGACAAACGACAUUGCCCUUGCUCUGCUUGCCUACUCUGUGAAUUAUUCCUCACACAUCCAGCCUGUGUGCCUCCCGGAAAAACUUUUUGAAGUGGAAACUGGGACAGAGUGCUGGGUGACUGGAUGGGGCCGAGUGUCAGAGAGUGAGCCAUUUGUUCUUCAGGAGGCUGAGCUAAACAUUAUGCGUCAUGAACAAUGUCGUGAGAUGAUCAAGAAGAAGAGUGUAGCCAAGAGUAAAAUGGUCACGAGGGGGACCGUCUGUGGCUAUAAUGACCAAGGGAAGGAUUCUUGUCAGGGAGAUUCUGGGGGGCCCCUGGUCUGUGAAUUAAAUGGCACAUGGUUCCAGGUGGGGAUUGUGAGCUGGGGCGUUGGCUGCGGUCGCAAAGGAUACCCUGGAGUUUACACAGAAGUUAGUUUCUACAAGAAAUGGAUUAUUGAUCACCUGAGACAAGCUUCCUGUCUGAAUUCAGCAGACUCCCUCAUCCUAGUCCUGUGUCUGAUGAUGCCCCUGGGCAUCCUGGUGGCCCCGUGA